UUCAACUGACAUUCUGUUUUCUCUUCUAGCUGCCAAAGGGCCGAGGGAUGAGCUGGGGUCAUUCUUCCCAAUGGCAUCUCCCCCUGGUCUGGAACUGAAGACACUGGGCAAUGGUCCCCAGGUUCCAAGGAGACCAGCCCCACUGGGCCCAGUGGCGCCACCCAGGAUGGGUGUGGAGAAUGCCUGCUUCUCCGAGGAGCAUGAGACUCAUUUCCAGAACCCUGGGGAUGCCAGACUGGGUAGCUCCCCCAGCCCUCCUGGAGGUGUCCCCUCACUGCCCCGGUCCCAGAGGGAUGAUCUUUCUCUGCAUUCAGAGGAGGGGCCGGGCCUGGAACCUGUGAGCCGCCCAGUGGACUAUGGCUUUGUUUUUGCUCUGGUUUUCUUGGUGAGCGGAAUCCUCCUGGUGGUAACAGCGUAUGCCAUCCCUCGAGAGGCCCGGGUUAACCCUGACACGGUGACAGCAAGGGAGAUGGAGCGCCUAGAGAUGUACUAUGCCCGACUGGGCUCGCAUCUGGACAAGUGCAUCAUCGCAGGCCUGGGGCUGCUCACAGUGGGUGGCAUGCUCCUGUCUGUGCUGCUGAUGGUCUCUCUGUGCAAGGGUGAGCUGUACCGAAGGCAGACCUUUGUCCCUGGCAGGGGAUCCAGGAAGACCUACGGCUCCAUCAACCUGCGUAUGAGGCAGCUUGCUGGGGAUGGGGGCCAGGUCCUAGUGGAGAACGAGGUUGUCCAAGUCUCAGAGACCAGCUAUACCACCCAGGGCUCUUAAAUGUCCAAAGGAUUCAGGAAUUUCCCCUGGAGAAAAGACCACCAUGUACCACAUCCAGCCCAGAACAUCCCCAAAGUCAAACCUAGUUCCAUGACUGAUCAUAGCUACCCUACAGUGACUAUUAUCAAAGGCACAAGUCCUCCUCCUCAAAGACAAGCUGCUCGGGUCUCUGCCCUGCAUGGUCUUGCCCUAAAAU